AUUUUAUGUUAACAUUCAAUACUUGUCUCUUUCUCUCUCUUUCUAAUAUGGUAUCAGAGCUCUAGCUCGAUCCAUCAAUGGCGAUCACAGAUACCACAUCGAACUCUUCCUCUGCUACUGCAACUUCCACAAAUUCCACAUCUCUAGUAACAUUCGCACAUCCACUUCCACUUAAGCUUGAUGUUAACAACUUUAUCUUCUGGAAACAUCAUGUAGAAUCUAUUGUUCGAGCACACAAACUCCUUCGGUUCAUUUUCAAACCAUAAAUUCCAAAGCAAUUCAUCUCCAACGAAGACGAAGCAACAGGAAUGAUGAACAAAGCGUAUGUUGUCUCGGAGCAACAAUAUCAAAUGAUGUUCUGGUGGUUACUUGUGUCGCUAUCAGAACUACUUCACGCUCGUGUUAUCCAUUCCAAACAUUCAUAUGAGCUAUGGAGUGCGAUCAACACCUUCUUCCAAUCAAGCAUCCUCGCAAAAGCCAGACAAUUAAAAUCCGAGCUAUACAACAUUGCGAAAGGUGAUCGUUCCAUCUCUGAAUAUCUCGUUCGCAUUCAAACAAUUGCUGACAAUCUUUUGUCAAUUGGAGAACCAAUAUCCCCUAAGGAUCAUAUUAAUGUGAUCCUCGAAGGCUUACAUGAAGAAUAUGAAUCUCUGGCCUCAUCAAUAUCCUCUCGUAGUAUUCUCGAUCCUCCAACUUUGUCUGAAGUUGAAUCUCUUUUGUCUGCCAAAGAGAUGCGACUGCAAAAACUUCAUGAAUCAUCUCAACAGAAUCUUCUGUCUGCAAAUGUUGCUCGUUUGAUAUUUGAGCUCUAAAUACUCGUUCAACCGAUGAAAAUAUCUCUGACAAUGCUUCAAUUCAAGUUGUUCAAUUCAAC